AUCCUGCAAUAGGAUAGGUAGACUUUGACAUAUCGGUCUCGCUCAAAUGUUUAGAUAAUUUUCACUCGCUUUUUACCUCCGGAAAAUCCACCUCAAAGCAAAACUGUUUUCUUUACUGUUUGCCGACGAUUCUCAUCAUACUCCUAGUGGAAAAGCUGUAAUGUAAAUUAGUGUUUGUUCAAAGAAAGUGUUGUGCUUGUGCCGUGCAGAACGAGACGUGUUGUUAAAAGAAAGAAACCUUCCCACCUGCCCCGAAACCGAAACACAAAAGGCUUUUGGAUGCUGUAGGAAAAGUGAAGAAAUAGAAUAAAAAAAAGCAUAUUGUUUCGAAAUAUGCAAUGGAAUGUAGCUGUGGGGGCGCGGAAAGUGUGAAAUCUCAAGACAAGCCAGUGAAUUUUGUGAUACUCUUGUCCGUGGAAGCUGAAUGUUAAGAUUGUACCAUACGGGGAAAAAGCAGCUGCAGCAUCCUUCUGUGUUCGCUCUGCCAACAGGACACUCUUUGCGCUUACAUCAAAACGGGGAAAAAGCUGGUUCUAGAAAGCUAGACAGUGGCGUCGACUUCAAUCUCUUUAAAAACACAAUCAGUGUGACCAUAAGCACGGGAUCCAGUGUGCCGUAAUCUGUACAUGUGUUAUUUACAGUCACGUGCUUCCAUGUCUGUUUGACUGAUCCGAUUGAAAGCGUUUGCACUGUCAAAAAAACGAGUUCUACGGCCGUUUCGCAUCUAGCCAGGGGGAGAGUAUUGUAAUUAAAAGCGUUCCUAAGGCAACAAAAAAAAAAAUCGCAACAUGCACGGACAUAUGGCACCACAGCAGCAUCCCGGGAUGCAUCCUGCACAUCAACCGCCACCACAUCUGACGCAUUUAACCAGUCUGCCGCCCCACAACAUACAGCGUGACCAUCCAGCUAACAGACUAACCAACGCACGCCAUCAUCAUCCGCGCGGUGUCGAUCAUCAGGGAGCCGGUAUGGCCCCCCACCUUCCGAUGCAGGUUCCGCCACCGACACACCAACCGUCACAGCACCAGUCACAGAACGCGCGAAAGCCACCACCGGGACCGUCGUAUUACAACAUGCACAGCGGCAUACCGAAAUCGAUGCCACUGACCACACCCCAUCUGCAUCCUUCGCCGCCGGGGUUGGGUGUGGGACCGCAACCACCACAACCGUUGCCACCGCACCAGCAGCAUAUGGGUUCGAUUUCACAUCCGUCGGUCGUCGGCGGAAAUCAUCCGCCCGGUCCCGGUGCUAAAAUUCCGUAUGGGAUGGGUGGUGGUGGUGGUGGUGGUGGAGCUGGUGGAAGUGUUGCUGGAGCAUCAAUGUCGGUUUCCGUGCAUCAUCCAGUGACGAUGCAGGCACCGCCACCGAUACCUGUCGUCUCUGCAGCGACACCGGCUGGCACGAAAACGCGUCACAUCCCAUCGAACACGGACCAUAAAGUCCACCACGGCCAUGGCCACAGUGUGCUGCAAUCGAAUGGCAAUUGUGGUCCCGGUUCGAAGGGGAUUGCGAACAAUCAUCACCAGACGAACCAGACGGGAACGACGACAAUGGAUAAGACAAAAGUGUCUGCAGGAACUGCAUCAAGUGGAGGCAAUCGACACCAUCACAAUCACCACCAUAGUCAGCAUCAACAGCAGCACCAGCAUCAACCACAGCAGCAGAUCUUAUCGAAACCAAACGAUGCGCCGAUUCCAAAGGAUUCGGUUGGGGUAACAGGAGUGACAGUAAGUGCCGCCAGUGUGUCACCGUCCGUUGCAAACGUUGCAGCGACGAUGACGAACCAGCCGGAGUCCGCUGCUAUCGCUACUAGUACCCCAGCGAACGGUGGCACGUUAUCGGUGGCCUCAUGCAUGGGCGACCAAAGCGGAGCGCCGAACCAGCUGGCGCCGGCACAACACUCACCAACCGACUCGAUAGAAGCCUUGGCAAACAUUAAAGAGAAAACAACCAUGUGUUUAGUUAACGAACUGGCGCGGUACAACAAAAUCCAGCACCAGUACCGUCUGACGGGUGAAUCCGGACCGGCGCACAAGAAACAUUUCACCGUCACGCUGAAGCUCGGCGAUGAGGAGUACACGGCGGAGGGUGCGAGCAUCAAGAAGGCGCAGCACAAGGCGGCUGGGGAUGCGAUCGCGGCGACCAAAUACAAACAUCCGCCGGCCCGGACGAACCGUCGGACGAAAACCGGCACCAAGGGCAACGUGAGCAGCUUCACGCCGACGGUCGAGCUGAACGCGUUGGCCAUGAAGCGCGGUGAACCGACGGUGUACACCGUCAAGGCGGUCCCGGUACCGGUAUCGAAAUACGGUCCAGCGAACGGUACGAACGGAGGCCCGGUUCCGCCGGCAACCGGUGGACGGCGCCCGGUGGAAGAUAAGUCCGCACCGGGUGUUGGCCACCCGCCGGGCGUGGGUUUCGCCGGUGCCGGACGAUACGCGAACGAGGGCGGAAAUGGUACCGCCGGGGCACCCGCCGGCAACAACGGGUACUGGUGCCGUGCAACUGGACCGACGGGUAUUGCGGCUGGUGUUGGCGGACGUGGAGGCAUGGGUGGAUUUCAUCCGGGACACCAGCAGCAACAGCAACAUCACGGUCAUCAUCCGCGGGACGAUCACCAGAAUCGUCACCAUGCGUCACAUAACUAUCACCAUCAUGAAGGGUACGGACACCACCACGGUUCGUCCGCACCGGUGCCAUCCGUGCAGGAGUUCUACAAGGCUACGCUGCGCGUUGGUGAACGAACGUUCCUCGGCGAAGGUCAUACACCGCAGGCCGCUCGGCACGAUGCUGCCGCCCGAGCGCUGGAAGUGUUGAAACCAUUGACGGCGGAUAGUGCCGAAGGCAAGGGCAAACCAGGCGACAGCGCUGCCAACGGUGACACGCUACCGAGCGAUGGUACCGGAACAUCCGCCGACGGGUACGACCCGAAUGCGGAACUGAAGUCACCCAUUUCGCUCGUGCACGAGAUUGCCGUGCAGCGGAGCUUGACGGUCGUGUUUGAGGUGAUUAGCGAGAAGGGUCCGCCACAUAUGACCGUGUUUGUGACGCAGUGCAAGGUGGGCACGAUUGUGACCGAGGGUGAGGGAACCGGCAAAAAGCUAUCAAAGAAGCGGGCUGCCGAAAAAAUGCUUGAAGAACUGCGCAAGCUGCAAAGUGUGGAGCAGCAAACGUAUCCACCAGCGUGGGGCGACGCCAACCCAGCUGCUCAGGCUGGUGGCGAAAAGCGUAAAUCGAAUGCGAAAUCAGCGGCCGCCGCCGAUGGGGCCACGGCGAAGAAAAAGGCACGCAAUCUGAUCAAGGAAAAAUCGAUUGCGGACGUGGCCGAGAAGGAAAAUCCCAUCUCACGCCUGAUGCAGAUCCAGCAGGCCCGCAAAGAGAAGCAACCGGUUUACACGCUGGUCGAGAACGAUCGUCCGAAUGUUGGCCGACGUCGCCAGUUUACGAUCGAAGUGAGUGCCAGCGGGCGGCAAGCGACCGGUGUCGGUAUGACGAAAAAGGCUGCCAAAUGGAGCGCGGCCGAAGCACUGCUGGUGGAGCUGGGAUACGCUACCGAGCCGAAGGGAGGAACUGGCUCGACCGGUGGCGAUAGUGCGGCAAACAAGGAAAACCAGUCCGGCGUGGCAAACGAUUCCUCUCCUCCGGGCGGUAAGCGUUCGCGUAAAGUUCGGUUCCAGGACGAGCAACGAAAUGGUGUGCCAUCUGCGACACAAAUGCUACCAAAUGCUACAUCUUCUAGUGGUGCAAAUCAAGGUAAAGGUGAAACUUCCAAUGACUCGAUGAACGACAGUAUCGCUUCAAAUGACAGCAUGGGAACGAACAGUUCUGGAGUGUCAAGUGCAUCCUCAGCUGCACCGAAAGCGGACAUUGGUGCAAAGAAAGAGCAAUUGUUGUAUUUGGCCCAGCUUUUGAAAUUUGAGGUACAAUUUUCCGACUUUCCGAAGGGUAAUCAUGGUGAAUAUCUGACAUUAGUGAUACUGUCCACGGAGCCGAAUCAGCUUUGUCAUGGUAGCGGAGCAAGUCUCCAAGAAUCGCAUGACGAAGCGGCACGUGGAGCCCUGGAAAUUCUGUCCAAAAUUGGCCUGGACAAUAUCAAACCGAAAGCACCAGCAAACAACGCACCAGACGAUGCUACCAGUUCAGCGGCAGGUGCGUCCUCAACGGCAACAUUGUCUUCACCAGGAACAUCCAACAUUAAGUAAGGAAGAACAUUGCCGAAAUGAUGUGAGACGCUUAAUGUGAAUAUGACCUGUGCUUGUGCCGAGAUCAUAACACCGGAAGGCUGAUGACCGAGCGAAUAAGUGUAUGUAUAUGUGAUCGUUAUCGAUGUUAACUAAAUGCAACCGGAUUGCAGCGGCGCAGCGAGGAAGGCAGCAGAAAGUUUAAACAUUACAUUAAAAAGCAGCAUUAGAAUCGUGAAGAAAGCAAAUUACUGUAACCACCUCCCUAGGGCCUGGUAAGCGAUUGGAUGGAAGCAGGGUUUUCAAUUCUUUUGUAACUUUUUGUUUAUUUGUUACGUUUUGUUAGACUUUUUUUUUGCGCAACCGAUUUGCGAUUUGUUUGAUUCACGUUUUUUGUUUCUCCAUAUACCGUAAUUGGAGUGAAAAAAUUGCACAUAGUGCUGCAAGCUUUUUUUUUUCGCUACUACAAGACCAAUACAAUAAUUAGGGGCUCGCAGUAGUUUGAAAGAUGGAUUCGUUUGCAUUGACUAGAUACAACGAAGGUUUGAAGCUAUAACUCAAUUAUUUAAAGAAGUAAAACAUAUGUUAUGUUGCUGUUUUACACAGCACAGAGCCAAAAGAAUGUUAGAAGAAGUUUAGGUUCAUAUUGAUUCACAAUUCGCAAAAAAAGCUUUUCAAUCUGGCGUAACAUCAUUUGAUAAAGCUGCAGUACUGUGUGCGAAAAGUGUUGUUGAAAAGAGAAUGUUUCGGGUUCAUGGAGGAACGCACUUCAGGAGAGAAGAACGGCAGCAAUUGAUUACCAUUUACCUAAGUGAAGAGUUUGAAGAAACACACUGUGGAGCAGGACCAAACGGACGGACUAAUGAAGCGAAGCAAAGCCCACAGUAAAAUGUGAAAAGUUGAGAUGUGCAUGAAGGUUCUUGAAUCUACAGCAACUAAGAAAGAAGACAGGAAGGAAUAAGGAAGAAAGAUAGAGAGAGAAACGUAGGAUGAGGGAUUGAUAAUGGGGAAUCGAUAUAAAAAAUAGCUAUCUUGCAUCGGUGGAAGCAGCAGCUUAGGGUAAUACUACUUCGUCGUACAGUUGAUUCUUGAUCGCUGACUAGGCCAGUAGUAAUGACAGCUCAGGGAAGAUACACCGACUGAGACCCUAGUCAGCGAAUCAAUGAUUGUUACUGGCGACCUUCCUAUCCCUUAAUUGAUGGUGUCACAACAUAGUACUAUUCGUAGUUUGUGUAUUUCGUUUGAUAACCUUCAUCAUUCUGCUUUUCCAACUGUGUGCAAAACUGCGGGAAUAGGCCACGGUCUGACACACGGUAGACGCUAUUUGCUAGCUGCCCAUGUCGACCGUCGACGAAUAACGUAGAGGAAUGCAGUAAAAUCCCGAACACAUGAAACAUAAGCGCCUCGGUUCGGUUGAUCGACAGGGGGGUAGGGGGGAUACAUUUAGCAUAAGUAGAGGCGAUCGAGAUUUUACUAGAUUCUGAAACGUACCGCGAAACGUUAACGUUCAAUAUCCACUGUAUUGGUUUGGAUGUCAAAGAUCGGUGUGUAUUGAGCGUAAACGUGAUUUAUCAAGGUGGGCAACAUGUCGAAAAAUGCGCGAGCGCCCUGAGAUAGUUCUUACUGUGCUGAUGAAUACGAAAUCCGUACAGAUCCGUCGGAAGCGCAAAAGAUCAUUUUUCAGGGACGCCGGCAAAGAGCAUCGUCGCCGAACACCUUUAAACUUAAGUGUGUUUCUGCUAGUGUUCGUAUACAAGUAUCUAACUGUAAGAAAUAAUGUAUUUUUUCGCUAUUCAAUCGCAUUAACGUACAUCCCCAGUUACAACAAACAGUACCAUUUUAACAAUAGUAAUCCACAAUCAGAAGCGAGAUACACAGCAGCAGCAGCUGUGUCGCAUAAAGUAAAACAUCCAAUCAGCAAAAAACAGAUAUACUUUCUACCAUGCACACAAACACACAAAAUAGCAAUAGAGUUCUACUGGCGAAUGUUUACCAAUGAUCUGGCAAAACAAACAAAAAAAUACAUUUUUUCCAGUAUAUGAAGAAACGAGUGAUCACGAAACAAUGGACCGGUACGGAAACACAUUUUAUUUAAGUUUGGCAUGUGAAAUUCGAUCGAAUACGCGUUAGAGGGGCCCGUGUUGACUUCACUACCAUUGAAAUACAUCACAGAUAAGAUAGUAACGCAAAAACUCCGGUUAGGCAUAUGGUAAUUAUUGUUUGUGACGGAAGAAAAAGAAAAACUUCCAACAGGCUCGUCAUGGAAGAAACAACGGUAACAAGACUAAGAGCUGAAAAUACGUUUAUUGAUCGCUCUUGUACAAACAGCUCCAAUCGUCUUCAAGACACCUUAAGAAUUAGAAACACGAGAAAAAGUUAAAUGCUCUUGGUGCAGAUUUAGUAAUUUAUAUUCAUUGCUUCAUUCAUACACCGAAUCAUAUUUAUUAUUUAAUGUCUCUGGCAACAUUUGCAUGAUUUUUUCAUCGUACUAUCCUUACUGAUUAUGUUGCUUAACGGCAAUUUACCAACGAAGGAGUCAACUGAAAAUCAAGAGCGAUCGAUAAGCCGUGGCCUGACAUUUCAAUGCAUCAGUUUUCAGUGCGAUUGUUCUGAUGUAUCAUGGAAUGGAAAAGAAAAGAAAAACUGCAAAACACAAUUAUCAAGUGCACCCUCACGGUAACAGUUAUGUGGCUCUAAAGAGAGAAACGAAAAAAAAUCCGGUGAAAACAACUCGCCGUUAACUUUUAAAACUAGAAAAAAAACAGAAAAGAUUAUUUGCACUCGUUUAAAAUACUUACAUGGUACUCGAAAAAAGGAAGAAGAAUAAGAAAACAGAUGCAAAAAAGAAAGAAAAACACUUCAAAGGCAGCAUAUAUUUUAGAAUAUCGAAAAUCGUUAAAAAGUUUUUGAAAAUUUUAAUAGAUCAAAAGAACAAGAUACAAGAAAACAGAAUAGGAAAGAUGAUAAAAAACUAUUUAAAAACAAAUCCCCCCCCCCCGUGCGGACGAGUGAACUACUCGCGGACAUGAGAGGACACGCCGAAAGGUUAAUGGUUCCAGUCCUGAUUGAUGGUAAUUCGCGUAUAUUUUGCUAAAAUUCCACUUCUCGACAACAAACAGCAACCAAAAACAAAUGCAUAAGUUUCCCCUCAGGUCGUAUGUAAGUUAAAAAUCUGUUUUGGGAAAAAAACGGGAAAAGAUCGAUUAAAAUCCAAUUAGUAUGCAUAUCUCGCCAUCUCAAAUCAAAAAAAAAAUGCAAGGAAAUGGAGAAAAUGGAUCAAAGAAGGGCAUUAUUAAACGCGUGAAACGAAACAAAAAAACGGAAGAGAUAUGCGCCAGUUUAGUGACACGGGGUACAUGUGCUGGUAAGGAAAAAGUGUGUUACUUGUAGUAAACAAGCUAUGAAACAUCCAUCAUCAUAUUUGUACGAGAAAAAUAAAUAAAAAUAU